AACAGAGAUGAGGGUUGACAUCUUUACGCGUGUGCCGACUUUGGUAAGCGCCAACGCGUUCACGGGCGUGACUGGACGCGCUGACGCGCUGCUUCGACCCACUCCAUCAUCGCAUAGCACCUAGCACCCAGCAACACACACCCACACACACAUAGGACGAUGAUCCGCCACGAUUACUCUCGAGUCGACCCCAAGCGACGUGCCAACCUCAGUCACAAAAAGAAGCAAUUUGCCAAAGCAGAAUUUCACGACCAGACAUACGAGCACCGUCUCAACUUCUAUGUACUACCACCGACGGCUGAGAUCACGCUUGAGGAGUUCGAGCAAUGGGCUAUCGAUCGUUUGAAAGUGCUGUCCGAACUCGAAGCAUGCACUUUUCGCAACAAAGGUCCAGAAGAGACCGCCGAAUACAUGAAGAGCAUACUCGACAAGUACAUGCCUAUGCGAGCUGGCACGUCGAAAAGCCAGCACUUACAAGAGGAAAGGAAGAAGGACCACUAUUCGCAUUUCAUUCUGCGACUUGCCUUCUCUGCAACAGAAGAUCUGCGACGGCGAUUUUCGAGGCUCGAGACAAUGCUAUUUCAGUUGCGCUUCAAGGACGACGACCAUAUCGAGAGACAAAAGUUUGUUCGGAUCCUGAACCUGGAGUGGGAGGAGGUGCAAGAGACUGAGAAGAGGGAGCUGAAGGAACAGUUGCUGGCUGCCGCUGGCGGUGGCAUGAAGAGUCGCGAAGAACAAGAGUGGUUCAAGGUCGACUGGGAGAGAGUUCCAGUGCUGGUGGAGCAGCGCAGGUUAUUCGUCAAGCGGGGCAAAGCGUACGUUCCGCAGCGAGAGCAGAUGAGCUUGGUAGUCGCCGAAUUCACAAAGAAGCUAGACGAAGCACUAGAGCUCACAUCUCGCGCCCUCCCCCGUCUUGACGAAGACGACCGCCUCGCACCCAUCCUCGCCCAUCUAUCACAGUCGUUCACAGCACCCGAUGCUGCCUAUUCCAGUUCCGAUGCGAAUAUUGACGGUCUCUCCACGAUAAACGCCAAUUCGAUCGACGCCCUCUCACAGAACUUCCCUCUCUGCAUGCGCAAUCUCCAUAAUACAUUGCGUGAGAACUCACACUUGAAGCAUUUUGGGCGAUUACAGUACACACUGUUCUUGAAGGGUAUCGGCUUGAGUCUCGACGAGUGUAUCAUAUUCUGGCGAAGGAGCUUCAAGCUCAUGACCGACGACAAGUUCACAAAAGAAUAUCGCUACAACAUCCGGCACGCAUACGGUGACGUAGGUGGAGACAGCAAUCGAAGAGGCAGGGGAUAUACACCCUACUCUUGCCAAAAGCUCUUGACGGAACCGCUUCCUGGCCCAGGCCAGACACAUGGUUGUCCAUAUCGUACAUUCACACCUGACAACCUCGUCUCAAUCUUACAGCGGGUUGGUGUGAACGAGAGGGAUCUACUUAAAACGGUCAGGGAGGAUGUUGGCAAGCAGAGGUAUCAUGUUGCGUGCAAUAGGGUGUUUGAGUGGAGCCAUAAGAGGGAGAUCAAGAAGGUGAAGGACGAUGGGAGCUGGAGUGCAACAGAUUUGGACACUAUUGUUCAUCCUAACACGUACUUCAAGAGAAGUUGGUUGCUGAAGCAUUUGGGUGAAGGGAAUGCUGGGAUAGUCAACGGGGGGCCCGGGGACAGGAUGGAGGAGUAAGAUGACCCAUUGUGCGUAUGAUUUGGAAGUUGUUUGAUAUGGGGUGUCUGGACAAAGAUUAUCCGGAGGGCAACUGUGAUUAGUCGAUUUAGAGUUGGCCUGAGCACGUGCAAUUGCAUUCACAUCGUCUCUGU